GCUAUGCCUCCCCAGCCGAGCGGUAAGGCCGUGAAGAAGGCCGGCAAGGCGCAGAAGAAUGUGCGCGCCACCGACAAGAAGAAGAAGAAGCGCCGCAGGAAGGAGAGCUUCUCCAUCUACAUCUACAAGGUGCUGAAGCAGGUGCACCCCGACACUGGAGUCUCCAGCAAGGCCAUGUCCAUCAUGAACAGCUUCGUGAACGACAUCUUCGAGCGCAUCGCCGCCGAGUCGUCCCGUCUGGCUCACUACAACAAGCGCUCGACCAUCACGAGCCGGGAGAUCCAGACUGCCGUGCGUCUGCUGCUGCCGGGCGAGCUGGCCAAGCACGCCGUGUCCGAGGGCACCAAAGCCGUCACCAAGUACACCAGCUCCAAGUAGGCGACCGAGCGCUCGACCGCCCAGCCAACACCCAACGGCUCUUGUCAGAGCCACCCAAAGUGUCUGCAUUGGCAUUGGGAUGUAGCGAGAAUCUCGCGACGAUUCCGUCCGUUUUCCCUCUUGUUUUGUUUACGUGUUGCGUGCGCUUUCCGACAGCGCGCCUCUUAGUAGUAGAAAAAACAUAACAACAUGCACUGAGCACAACAACAGGCACACGAGCAUGCAUAAUGCGCGUUCCUACUAGUGCGAACGACGGAAUGCGUGUUGUAACGCUGCGUCGGUCGAUAGUUUUGCCUUAUGCGAGCCGAGCGUAGUGUAGUGUAAUUAUUACAACGCAGCUUCUUGUCCUCUCUCUCUCUUUUUUUUUUUUUUUUUCUUUUCCGACGCGGUCUUGCGGCUCGCUCGCCUGUACGUUUGCGAAAAGCAAUUGCGUCUACGAGAACGUACUCUUGGCGGCGGUUGACACGCAUACGACUGUCCUCGAGGCUGGAGUGCUGAAUUAAAAGCCUCCUGCAAGGGCAGUGUCAUGUUUAGAUGUGAGCGGUGUAGCAGGGACUGGGCAGCGCAAAUCGCUUGACAGGUGCAAGAAAUGUCCUAGCUAGAGGAACACUGAUUAGGAGAAACUUCAAGUAAUAUUAGCAAAAUGCUGCGCGCGCUUUCCGCAAACUGCUA